UGGGUGUGAGGGGCCGGGCCCGCCCCGGGCAGGGCCGCGCCGCCGCCGCUGUUGGGGGCCGGCAGCGGUCACUGCGCCCGGCUCGGCCCUGCCGCCGCGGGCGGGUCCCGGCGCGGCGCGGGCGCGGGCGCGGCCGCCGACAAAGCGCCUUUGAAGCGGCGGCGCCGGGGCGGGGCCCGCGGCGGCAGCGGCUCAGCGGGGCCCGUGGCGGGGCUUCCGCCGGGCCCGGGCGCGCCGCGUCCCCCUGCCCGCCGCGGGACCCCGCACGCCCGAACACGUCCCCGCUGGGGCAGCGCCAGCCUGGCCGCGGUGCCGCCGGUACCGGGCUGUGCCCCGCGCGGCGCUGAGCGGCUGCCCCUGGGCAGCGGCGGCGCUCCCUUGUCACUGCGGCCCCACGGGGCUGCCCUGCCUCCGGGCGCGCUGCGGUGCGUGCCCAGCCGUGGGGCUGUCACCUCCGCGGUGGGGUCCUGUCCGGCCCGUUCCCCCGCGCCGCCCCGCUUCCCGCGGCUCCUGCCCGCGCCGCUCGCGCUCCCGCGGGUCCUGCCCCCUGCUCCCGGCGCGGCGGGGUCAGCGCAGGAGUUAAUGCUGGCGAAGCAGUUCUGGAGGGGUAAGUGCUGUGUAAGCACUAAGUCUCCCCAGAGCCUCCCUGUGCUGGGUGCGAGCCCCGCGGCGCUGCCCGGCUCCGCUGCCCGCGGCGCAGAUAACCCCCGGGGCACAAAGCGCCGGCUCAGACCGACCCCUGCGUGCGGGGGGCCAGCGGGGCCGGGGGCGGGUGAAGGGCUGUGAGGGCAGGGGCAGCUCUCCCUCGCUCUGGGCUGGCUGCUUGUCGGGCGGGAUGGAGCAGGACGGCAGCCCCGGUGCUGCUGGGGAGCUUCAGCAGUGCCUGUCACGGUGCCAUGAGUGCCGGCAGCGAGCUGGGCACGUCCCGCAGCCCCCGAGCGGCCCGGGUAGCGGCUGCUGCACCCCGCAGCACCGGCGGCUUCUCUGCCUGGGGCUCGCGUCGCAGAUGAGCAUGAACCAGACUCCGCCGGCACCCCAGAGCCUGAGCUGGGCUCCAGCCCGGGGCCGGAGCUGGCAGAGGGCGGCUGGGGGGAAGUUGGCACCAGCAGAAGCUUCCUGAUGCAGCCGGGGGGGGCUGCCCCGGCUGACGGACCCCCAGUCCCCGCGUGCUCCGUGUCCGCCGCGGGGCGCGGCGGCCGCGUGUGCGGGAGCUGCGCCCGCGGCGGGGGGGCUGUGCCCGCGGCGCUGUCCCUGCCCGCCCUGGCAGGCAGCCGGCGCGGCGAGCCCGGGACCCGCAUCCUCCCCGUCCCGCUGUCUCCUCCCAGCUGUGGGCUCGCAAGGAGUGGCCGCUGGUGGGCUGUAUAAAGGCAGAACCGCAGCCAGCGCUAAAGAAACUCCUGGAGCUCCUGGUGCUCUCCCUCCGUCCCUGCACGUGAUCCAGCUUCCCCGCGCCAGGGGAGCCGAGGACAAGCCUCACUGUACGAGAUGGCUGCCGGCGGCCGCCUCCUCCUCCUCUUCUUCCUCCUGCCCUGGCUGGUCACCGCCUCGCACAGCCCACCCGGCUGCAAGAUCCGGAUCACCUCCAAGGGGCUGGACCUGGUGAAGCAGGAGGGGCUGCGCUUCGUGGAGCAGGAGCUGCAGAACAUCACAGUGUCAGACCUGCACGGGAAGGAGGGGCAGUUCCACUACAACAUCAGCCAGGUCAAGGUGAUGGACCUGCAGCUGGCGUUGUCAGACCUGCACUUCCAGCCGCAGCAGCACCUCGUCUUCAACAUCAACAACGCCUCCAUCAGCCUGCGCUUCCGCAGGCAGCUGCUCUACUGGUUCUUCUAUGACAUCGGGUCCAUCAAUGCCUCCGCAGAUGGUGUCCACAUCCACACGGUGCUGCAGUUGGCCAAGGACAGGGCCGGGCGCCUCAAGAUCUCCAACAUCACCUGCAAUGCCUCCAUUGCCAGGAUGCACGCAGGCUUCUCCGGCACGCUCAGGAAGGUCUACGAGUUCCUGAGCACCUUCAUCGUCACAGGGAUGCGCUUCCUCCUCAGCCAGCAGAUCUGCCCGUCGCUGGAGCAUGCCAGCCUGGUGCUGCUCAACUCCGUGCUGGACACGGUGCCGGUGAGGAAUUACGUGGACGAGCACAUCGGGAUUGACUACUCCCUCCUGCGGGAUCCCGCCGUCUCCGUGGACACCCUCGACCUAGACUUCAAGGGCAUGUUUUUUCCGCGUGCAAGAGAGAACCAGGAGCUGGAGAACCACGCGGUGGAGCCGGUGAUUAAGGAGACCGAGCGCAUGGUCUACGUCGCCUUCUCCGAGUACUUCUUUGACUCGGCCAUGCACGCGUACUUCCAGGCGGGCGUGCUCGCCAUCGAGCUCGAGGGGGAGAAGGUGCCCAAGGACCUGGAGGUUUUGCUGAGAGCCACCUUCUUCGGGACCAUCUUCAUGCUGAGCCCCACCGUGGAUGCGCCCCUGCGGCUGGUGCUGCAGGUCUCGGCUCCCCCCCGCUGCAUUAUCAAACCCUCGGGCACCUCCGUCUCCGUCUCUGCCUUCCUCAACAUCUCGCUGGUGCCGCCGGGCCGCCCGGCUGUGCAGCUCUCCAGCAUGGCCAUGGAGACAAAGCUGAGCGCCAGGGUGUACCUGCAGGGGAAGGCGCUGCGCGUGCAGCUGGACCUGCGGCGGUUCCGCAUCUACUCCAAGCAGUCGGCGCUGGAGUCACUCGCGCUGUUCUCGCUGCAGGCUCCUCUGAAGACGCUGCUGCAGUUGACCAUCAUGCCCAUCAUUAACGAGAGGACUAAGAAGGGGGUGCAGAUCCCACUGCCAGAAGGCAUGGACUUCACCAAGGAGGUGGUCACCAACCAUGCGGGAUUCCUCACCGUGGGAGCUGAUCUCCACUUCUCCAAGGAGCUGCGGGAGGUGAUUGAGAAAUACCGUCCGGUGCCCACAGCCACUGCCCACCUCAGCUCAGAGCCCACAGCACCCAGCGUGGAGCCCCCCCUGCUCUAGCGCUUCUCCACAUUCGCUCCUUCACCGCGGACCGAGGGCAGAUCCCGGGCUGGACCCGUAGACUGUAGGUAGGAAGCAGCUUCCCCGGUCCCGCUGGCACGUCCUGCAGGGCCCCAUGCCCUGGUGGGUAGCAGCAAGGCGGAGACGGAUGCUCUGGGAAGCCCUGCUGCUCCCCUGCUCCUCACACUAAUAAACCAUGCGACUCCAA